AUGUCCCUCACUGACGAACUGUUCACUCGGCGAGCGUCCCUUGCUUGCGAGCUGCGCGACCGUAACUGGGCCUUUCUGCAGUCAUAUACCAAGUCUCAAUCGCACAUUCUGCUCGAUAAAUCUUCGGAUAAGUGGUACCUGUGCUCUCUACCACUUGGACAUUCACACGUCAAGGAUAAGCCAGAGAAGCAAGCCGUGGCCAUAGUUCGAAUCCGUAAGGGUGAUGAAAACAAUGCGAUCGAAGGCGGCGACAUUUCCACUCAGUUGGAAAUUGAGCCUGUCGACGAUGAAGCCCGCAUCUUCCUCAACGGGUCAUUGGCCGAGGUCGGAGAUUGCUACACGCUCGUACCGAAUACUAUCGUCCGUAUCAACGACAAAGAAUACAUCUACCGUCUUUUGAGUGAUACUGAAGACGUCCCUUAUCAUGCUGAACGCUACGAGAUCAACCAAAGUCGGAACCUUGGGUGGCCAGCAAAGCCUGUCUAUAGUGCGACGCGCAUCCGAACUGGAGACGCUGUGGUCGUCAAAUCUUGGAAUGUAUCGCUCCCGAAGUUGAGCAAGGCGGCGGAUCUAUUGCGCACCAUCGAAAAGCUGAAACACCGGAACAUCGCAUCGGUAGACGACUGGUUCAUGCUUUUCGAAGACGUUGGAGAAUCGUUCAGACGAAUCUGUGGGGCCUCAAUCAACUUCCUUUCCACCUCCAAUUCCACUGAUGACUUUACCAAAGGCAUGGUGACAUCUCUAGCUCCGGGUGGUAACCUGUACGACUAUAUUAAGUUUGGCCGGAAGCUCGGUGAAAUGCACGCCCGUCCCGUAGUUGCCCAACUCAUGGACGGAUUGAUGUAUAUGCACGACCAGGGUAUCAUUCACCGUAACAUAGAACCAAAGAAUAUCCUCGUUUGUGACGAGAGCUGGGGCUACGUACCAACAAUCAAGAUCGGCGGGUUAUGUUCCAUACAACGAUCCUCCAUUGCCGAUGUUCGGGUUCAUGAGGAGCAAAUGGUCGGGGACGCCAAAUGCGCACCACCCGAGAUACUGGAUCACAAGUACACUGAGCUCGGCGACGUGUUCAGCACAGGAGCUCUGAUGUUCUUCAUUCUCUGGGGAAAAUCGCUUUACCGUGUCCAGAAGGGGAAGAGCCUCCAGGAACAGAUGCAGACGAGGCGUUGUAAUUACGUCAAAGAGCGAGAGUUGAUGAUGAGCGAGGAUGCGAGCGAUCUUCUAAAUGGGCUGAUAAAGAAGGACAUGACCGACCGCUUGGCUCUGCACGAAGCACGACGCCACUCUUGGCUCUACCAGCGCCGGGUUCCUCCUCCCUCUCCGGAUUCCUACUCCGUCGACGACUUUCGCGUCGUGGAAUUUCUCGAAGGCAAGACGCCCAGACCUCCCGUCCGAAGCAGCAUACUGCGGACUGUACCACUGAAGCGAGAUCCCAUUGGAGACAGCGACACCGAAUCCGAAAGCGACGCCGACGCGGAGUCGGAUACUGAUUCGGACAUGCAGUCGGACGAUGGAUCGGAAACGUCGUCCGCCUCAGCUUCUGAUGCAUCCUCUGAUGCUGUCUCAGACGCGCGGUCGGACGCAGAUUCAGAGUCAUCGUCUACCUUGGAAGAGGACGAAGAGCGCACCGAACUUGAAUGGUACACCCACCAUCGCAGCGACCCAUUGCUUCUUCCGGAUACCAGUGUUGUUUUGGACCAAGAUCUUCUCCCAUCCUCUCCGGCAACAACCGUCUGUGCUAUUCCUGUAUCUGACCGUUCCGUGGGUGUCCUAUGUUCAGGGAAAUUUGGCUCCGACUCAGAUGGAGGAGACGAUGACACUGACACGGUCGUCGGUUAUGACGAUCGUUUGCAUCCCAUGAGGCUCUCCACGGAGGAGGAAGAGGAAGACGCCCAGGUUGCUCCGCGCACCAGUCGCGCCUCUCGUUCGAAGUGCGGACGCGGUGGACGCGUUGGCGGCUCCCGCCGCGCUGAAAUAGCUGCAUCGUCCGACGGUCGUCAACGCGCCCGCACGUCGGCCAGGAUUCAGGCCGCCAAAGUCCGGGCAACCGAGCUGAAGAGGACCGAGCAGGCAGAGGCCAGGAAUGUUCAGAAGAUGAUGCAGAGCACGGAGAAGAAGCUGGCGAGGGCGGCGGCGAGCGCCAAGAGCCUCCUGAAGAACCUCGCGAAGCUGGACGCUAUGUGAGACAUCGCACGCGGGUCAGGCAAAUGGAAGGUUCUAAGUAUGGGAUCGAUAAAGUCGACAUCGGUGCCUCCAUUAUCUCUCUUUUGAGUAUCAUAGCUACGCCUGCCGUACCACAAGGACACUCAAUCCAAAGAAUCGUUAUUUGAGCAAUGAUAUGCUCGUUUCCAUUGCC